ACAAACAUCAUACGUGGCUCAAUUCCCCAUACUGACUUCGCUAUAAUUCGGUCACCCUCACUUGCUCGCACAUCAUUUCCGUUCUUUAACACUGUCAUUCAACGCCUCUUCCUUCCCCGCCGGAAACCAAACGAAGCAGAAGACCACUGUCUCACGCCGUUAAUUAAUUUCAUACACAGGAAUUCUAGCGGUUCUUUUCUGCUUUAAGCUUCUAUUCAAGGUUUGCUUUUUCUGGGGAGUUAGAUAGUCUCUGUGAUACUGUGAACAUGGGAGCAGCUUGUUGUGUAGCUGCAAGUGAUAAAGAUUUCCCCAGCACAACUGGAUGUCAAGCAUUGCAUAGGAGUUCCGGAUGUUCCCCAACGUUGAGUUUUCGUUGGGACAACCGAAGGCGUGUGGCCGGUGAAAUUGAGGAUUUGUCAUGUCAAAUGUCGUGUGGAGUCAGUAGAGAUGUUAGUGUGGAGAUGAAGGGGACUUUAGGUUCAGAUAGAGGUAAUCUUUCAGAUGGUUUAAGCCCGCUUGAGAGUUUUGGAACACCUAUAUCUCUGAAAUCACCGGUUCAUGAAGGAAUGGGUGUGAUCCUGACGGCUCAACCUUCAGAUCUAUCCACGGAAAGCAAUUACCCUAUGGGGGUGAAGAGCUUGGCGGAAUCACCUGAUAUUGCAGACUUGCCAUUACCAAAGAUUUCAUAUUCUGUACAUUCAUCAUUUUCAACACCUACUACUGAUCCUUUACCAACAUGUGGUCAUCCGCAUCCUCCUAACUCAACCCCAUCUAGACGGGCUCGCCGCUCACCUGGGCACCGGUUAUUAAGACAGGUUUCUGAUAGUAGAAUCCUGGGAUUAAAAUCACCAAAUAACUGUUCUUUGUCUGAAGGAAGGUCAUCAUUUGUACUCUCCACUUGCAGCCAUGACUUAACAUUGGGAUCCCAUGGUGGAUCUUCUGACGGGUGGUCCAUGAGAACCUUUUCUGAACUUGUAGCCUCUUCACAAAGAGGGAGGUGGUCUUUUGACAGUGAGCACUUUGGCUCUGGCUUUGGAAAAACAAGUGGAUGUAGCAGCAGGUUCUCGUGUUCUCCCUCCUUAGAUCUGCAAACUUGUGGAGCUUGCUCAAAGUUCUUGACUGAGAAAUCUGUGUGGAGCAGCCAGAGAAUCAUCAGCACCAAUGACCUCCCAGUGGUUGCUGUGCUGCCAUGUGGGCAUGUAUACCAUGCCGAGUGCUUGGAGGCUACAACUCUGGAGGUUGACAAGCAUGAUCCCGCAUGCCCAAUAUGUGAGGGAGGAGAGAAGCAAAUUUUGAAGAUGUCUAAAAAAGCUCUGAGAACUGAAGCAGAAUUAAAAGCAAAAAGCCUUAAGAUAUCAAGAAACCGAGUCAUUGAUAGUUACCAUGAUAGCGAUUCUGAUGAUUUUUAUCAACAAAAGAAUGCCAUGAAAGACAGAGAAGCUGCAAAGAUGGAUCCCGGCUCUGGUGCAGCAAGCUCCUCCGUGAAGCCAUUCUUGAGACGGCGCUUCACAUUUGGGUCUAAAUGGAGUCGAACCCUUUCAGAGAAAAAAGGGUUCUGGGCAAGACAUGGCAAAGAUUGACUUGACUAGUUUGAGGUGCUGCACAGAAGUGGCUAAGAGACCACCCAUACAAGCAAUGCGCCUCCCAGCAGCGAAAUGUAAAUGAUAGGCGAUUGAUUUUGGGUAUCAAUUUCGAGAAGAUCCACGGAAAGGGCUUAAAAGGUGUAUUGAUGUCUUCCCAGUUUACUUUUCGGAAUGAUAUAGUUAAUAUUAAGUAGGUACAAAUUAAUUUUACUCAUUUGACACCAAUCAUCAAGGUUGAUAUUAUCAGGGAAAUUAUGAAUGUAUAGCCCUAGACAUCUGAAUCACCUGUGAAUUUAUUAAACCAUUCUUAAAAGGUUGAAAGAGAGUGAUGCUUGAUACAAUUAAUCAUUUUUUCAUAA